AUGUCCUCGUUUACGCUUUUUGCUCCACUUCAACUCAUUGCCUGGACACAGCUUAACUGCACCGGAGAUUUCGGUGUCACCCAAUUCACUGACUCGGUUCUGGCACGAAAUAUCUCCAACGCCUACAUUUCUCGCAGUCUACAACUUAAUCGCUCAUUGACACAGCAGGAGCAAUUGGAUAUAUCCGUCACGAGUAACUUCAAUUCCUGGUACUCCAACAAAGACCAGCUGUACUACAACAGUGCAUCCUGUAGCAACUUUUGGCAGACCUAUUACGCCGUGAAUGGAACCACCGCAUGUUAUAACACGCCCCCAUUUACCUGUCACCGGUUGUGGAACAACCCAGGAUUGCCCAUGAUACUUAGUAAAUGA